AUGGGUGACUGGAGCUUUCUGGGGAGACUGUUAGAGAAUGCGCAGGAGCACUCCACGGUUAUUGGCAAGGUUUGGCUGACGGUACUGUUUAUCUUCAGGAUACUGGUGCUGGGGGCUGCUGCUGAGGAGGUCUGGGGAGACGAGCAGUCAGACUUUACAUGCAACACUCAGCAACCUGGUUGCGAAAAUGUUUGCUAUGACAAAGCCUUCCCCAUUUCUCACAUCCGCUUCUGGGUGCUGCAGAUCAUUUUUGUCUCCACUCCAACUCUCAUCUACUUGGGCCAUGUGCUGCACAUCGUACGCAUGGAGGAGAAGAGGAAAGAGAAAGAAGAGCUGAAAAAGAAGGGAAGCGUCAAAGACAGCAACUACCCAGGUGCAGCAGCGUCUGCCAGUGGUGGUGGAGGAGGCAGCAGUAACGUCAAGGAUCCUCUUGGCAAAAGAGGGAAGGAGAAGCUCCCAAUCCGUGAUGAACGUGGGAGAAUCCGUAUUGGGGGUGCCCUGCUCCGUACCUAUGUCUUCAACAUCGUUUUCAAGACACUGUUUGAGGUGGGCUUCAUUGUGGGCCAGUACUUCCUAUAUGGCUUUGAGCUAAAGCCGGUCUACCAGUGCAGCCGCGCACCUUGCCCACACACUGUGGACUGCUUCAUCUCAAGGCCCACUGAAAAGACCAUCUUCAUCAUCUUCAUGUUGGUGGUGGCCUCUGUCUCCCUGCUGCUGAACAUGCUUGAGAUGUAUCACUUGGGGUGGAAGAAGCUUAAGCAGGGCAUGACAAGCCGGUACAGCCUUGAGAUGCCUGUUGCAACAAUGACACCAGUCAUGGUAACAGGAGAGGCCAAACCUGUUGCCGUGCCACCACCAGCAUCACCUGUGGUGGUAACGACUGCCGCGCCACCCCCUGUUCUGCCUGACACCCGUGCUGUCACACCACUGCUGGCCCCGGUGAGCAUGGCACCAUGCUAUGCUGCAGCUGCUCCAAGGCCACAGCCCCCCUCCAACACGGCCUCCAUGGCCGGCUACCCUGUUGCUCCACCAGUUCCUGAGGAGAGGCACCGUGCUGUGACUCCCACGCCCAUCUCCACCCCCAUCCCCAUCCCCAGCCCCAUCCCCACGCCCACACCAGCCAUCAUCAACUACUUCAACAGCAACAGCCAUGCCCUGGUGGCUGAGCAGAACUGGGUCAACAUGGCAGCAGAGCAACAGGGGAAGGCGCCCUCCAGCUCGGCGGAGUCCUCCACCCCCAGCAGCGUCCGGCAUCCCCUUCCCUCGCAGGAAGAGCCACUGGAGCUACUCCCACCACCGGCCAGAAGCCCCAGCCUCAGCGGGGCGAGCGGCACCAAGUGGGAUGUGGAGGGCGAGGAGGAGCUGUCAGAGGAACGGCCUGGCUCGGCUGCCUGCACCACCGUGGAGAUGCAUGAGCCACCGCUGCUCGCAGACACACGGCGCUUGAGCAGGGCCAGUAAGUCGAGCAGCUGCAGAGCCAGGUCAGAUGACCUGGCCGUGUAA